GUGCCACCUUCCACUCUACUCUCCUCGGUCCCCAGCCCCUGGCGAUGGCCUUCUCCGUCACCACCACGUCCCUGCGCGGCGUCGUCGCCGCCGUCCCGGCCCGGCGCCCGAAUCCGCUCGCCGUGCUCCUCCCCCGGGCGGCUCGCCCCCAUCUUCGCCUUGGCGCUGGCCGCCCAACGCGCCUCCCAGUCCCACUCGCCGCCUCCUUCUCCGAGGAUCCACGUGGCUAUGGGUUCGAAAGGCCCCACCAUGAUGUUGGGUCUUCUUCAUUCCGCAUGUACGUGGGCAACCUGUCAUGGCGACUGGAUGACUCCAGGUUGGCACAACUAUUCAGCGAGCACGGCACCGUGCUCUUCGCUAAGGUCAUGCGUGACUUACAAACCGGGCGCUCAAAGGGAUUCGGCUUUGUAGCAAUGGCAUCACAUGAGGAACGCGAGGAGGCCAUCGCGGCCCUCAACGGGCAGAUCUUGGAGGGGCUUGCCCUGCGAGUGAGUGUCGCGGAGGAGCCAGACGUGACUGUAAGCAAGGCGGUUCCAGGAGACACCCGGGUGGAAAGCCCUCCUCCCCGUCAUGUUGUUGGGCCUUCAUUUCGGUUGCACGUGAACAACCUGUCAUCGAAUGUGGAUGACUCUAGGCUGGCACAAAUGUUCAGCCAGCACGGCAAAGUGGUCUAUGCUAAGAUCAUCCGUGAUUUCAAAAGUGGGCGCUCAAAGGGAUUCGGUUUCGUAGAGAUGUUGUCGCGGGGGGAAAUGGACAGCGCCAUCACAGCCCUCCAUGGACAGAGCUUGGAGGGGCGUGUCAUGCGAGUGAGUGCCGCCGAGGUGCCAGGCAUGACUGUAAGCAAGGCGGCUCCAGGGGUAGAAAGUUCCCCUCCCCGUCAUGUUGUUGGGCCUUCAUUCCGGUUGCACGUGCACAACCUGUCGUUGAACAUGGACGACUCUAGGCUGGCUCAGAUGUUCAGCCGGCACGGCAGAGUGGCCUAUGCUAAAGUUGUCCGUGAUAUCCAUAGCGAGCGCUCAAAGGGAUUCGGUUUCGUAGGAUUCGGUUUCGUAGAGAUGGCGUCACAGGAGGAUAUGGACAAUGCCAUCACAGCCCUUCAUGGACAGAGCUUGGAGGGGCGUAUCAUACGAGUGAGUGCCGCGGAGGAGCAGUCGCCAUCAUGAAGGAUCAAAUGAAGGUGCAUUUGGUGGUCGAUUGCAGCAAAGCUUUCCGCACAAUAAUCAUGAUACCGGUUUAGACUUUAGACCCUCCAUCAUCCUCCCAUCUCAAACCAUUUCAGUUGGGAUAUAUAGUAUCCUUUGCACGUACGCACGCAAUGUCUAUUGUACUUGUUAUGUAUUCAUCAACUAAACACAUGAAUGUUGUGCCCAUCCAUCUUGUUGAAAGAAGACUGAUGAAGCACAGUUUAUUGUUGGUUC